AUGCACCUCACCAGCUACUUGCUCCUCGCUCUCGGCGUCGGCAGCGGCGCCAACGCCGCUGCUCUCGCCAGCAAGAGAGCCACCAACAGCGUCUUCUACGCAGCAUUCUCUGGAAUGAACGAAGGCGGAGGCACCAAGGGCUGCACCGGAGCCAACCUCGGAACCGUCCAAGCAAGCGGCACGAGCACCAGCGCUUGCAAGCAGGUCGGCGAAGGCGCUUGUGUGACACUCACCGGGUUCCAAGGCAAUGCUACGAAGUGCAAGGUCCUUACUUACGAAGAGCCCAACUGCGGUGGCGACGGAGAGAGCACCAUUUUUGGCAACAAGGGUGAUUAUGCCAACGAGGACUUUGCGUCUUUCAAGGCCGUGUGCGGUUCUUAG